AUGCCUUCCCUCCCUCCCUCUUGGGUGCCCCUAGAUCCUGAGGCGGCAACAGCAGCAGCAGCAGUAGCAGCAGUAGCAGUAGCAGCUACGGCAGCUGGAACGUCAGCACCAGAAGCAACAGCGGCGGCAGCAGCAGCAGCAGCAGCAGCAAGUCUAGCCAAUUCAAGAGCUGCAAGCCAAUGUCUUGUACACCGAGUAGAUGAGCUGUCUAUCGUCAGGCUAGGCAGCCUGCAUGCGUUGGGAAGCAACAGCAGCAGCGACAGCAGCAGCACCGGCAGCAACAGCAGCAAGAACCGCAGCAGCAAGGCUAACGAGCUGCGAUCAAUAGUCUUUGCUGGUCCCUAUAACAACAGCAGUAACAGCAGCAACAGCAGCAACAGCGGAGGCUUUUGCAGCAGCAGCAGCAGUGUUCUCGAUGGGCUGCAGCAGCAGCAGCAGCAGCAGCAGCCGACUACAGCGGCUGCUGCUGCUGCCGCCGCUGCUGCUUACAGACUGGCUAAUCAGGGGGUGCUGCAGGGUUGCCCUCCUGGAGCAGCAGGAGCAGCAGGAGCAGCAGCAACAGCAGCAAAACCAGGAGACACUCUGAGCCCUGUAACGACAACAUCCUCUGUCUUAGCUAUGACGUAUAAAGAUGGCGUUAUCAUGGUUGCUGACACCACAGUAUCGUAUGGCCGAAUGGUUCGUUUUCGAGGUCAACGCCGAUUUAUUGAAUUAAAUAAAAAAAUAUUAAUUUGUACAACAGGAGAAUAUUCAGAUCAUCAAUACUUAGAGAGAGAAUUAGCGGCAUUAAUUCAUGAGGAUGCAUUGCAUGCAUGCACAACAGGUUGUACUAUUAGUAGUAGUGGUAGUAGUAUUUGUACCACUACAACAAGCAGCAGCAGCAGCAGCAGCAGCAGCAACAGCAGCAGCAGCAGCAGCAGGACAGAGGCACUACUUACUCCUAAGGCUAUAGCUAGCUAUACAGCAAGAACUCUAUAUAAUAAAAGAUGCAGAUUUAAUCCUUAUUGGUUAUCUGUUGUUGUUGCUGGAUAUAUGGGACCACCUACUGGUAUUCACCAGCAGCAGCAGCAGCAGCAAGAGCAGCAGCAGCAAGAGCAGCAGCAGCAGCAAGGGAUGGCUAAGGCAGGGAAUGAGAUGUACUUAGGGGUUGCUGAUCUACUCGGCCUUGGGCGUUACUUUGCUAUUACUUUGAUGAGGGAGAAGCAUCGCCCGGACAUGACUGAAGAGGAGGCCCGGGAGCUCCUGGAGGAGUGCAUGCGCAUUUUGUUCUAUAGAGACUGCGCAGCUUCAAAUGAGGUUCAAUUUGCGAAGGUGACUGCCGAGGGGGUGACGAUUGACGAACCUAAGAAGCUUGACUCCAAUUGGAACUUCGAAGCCUUCACUAAGAAGACAAUGGACAUGGAGAUGGCGGGCUGCUCCUGGUAA